UCCUACUCAGCUUCCCGCGGUUCGGUGCGUCACGGUCCAGGGGAGUCUUGCCCCGGCAGCAUGGCUCGGAAGCGCGCGGCCGGCAGGGAGCCGCAGGGACGCGAGCCGUGCGGCCGGAAGGCUAAGGGCAAGAGCACGGCCGCGCGUGAGGCGGCGGUGGCGGCGGCGGCGGCGGAUAUCUCAGAAGAUGAGAAACCUCUAAAGAGGAGCCUUCUCUCCAAAGUCUCACGAGCAAAGCGGAAGAGAGGCUGCAGUGGUCCUGGGGGCCCUGCCCACAGUCCAGCCAAAAUGAAAGUGGCCAAGGUGUCUGUUAAAUCUGAAAACCCCAAAAUUGUGAAGGAUGAAGCCCUCAGCGACGGGGAGGAGUUCAGGGACUUCGCCAGUGUUCGGAAGAAGGCACACCCUUCACAGAGAGAGGCUGCUGUGGACAAAGGCAGCUGUGAAGAAGAUGAUGAGGAAGAGAGUGAAGACGAAUGGGAAGAGGUAGAAGAACUUGGUGAGCCUGUGCCAGGUGAUGUGGGAGAAAAUGCAGCCUUCUCUAAAUCCGUUCUGCCUGUGAAACCAGUGGAGAUAGAGAUUGAAACACCCCAGCAGGCGAAAGCAAGAGAAAGAAGCGAAAGGAUAAAAGUGGAGUUUGAGACUUAUCUCCGGAGGAUGAUGAAACGUUUCAGUAAAGAAGUCCGUGAGGACACCCACAAGGUUCACCUGUUGUGCCUGCUGGCGAAUGGUUUCUAUCGAAGUAACAUCUGCAACCAGCCAGAUCUGCUUGCUAUCGGCCUGUCUAUUGUCCCAACUCGCUUUACCAGAGUGCCACCUCAAGACGUGGACGCCGGCUACCUGUCAAACCUGGUGAAAUGGUUUGUUGGUACAUUUACAGUUAAUGCAGACCUCUCAACCAACGAGCAAGAUGGCCUACAGACUACGUUGGAAAGGAGGUUUGCUAUUUACUCUGCUCGAGAUGAUGAAGAGUUGGUCCAUAUAUUUUUAUUGAUCCUGCGGGCCCUGCAGCUCCCGACCCGACUGGUGCUGUCUUUGCAGCCACUUCCUCUGAAGCUACCUACGGCAAAGGGAAAGAAAGCUACCACGGAGAGAUCUGCAGAGGAUCCUGGCAGCUCCUUGGAAACUUCCAGCCCAGUUGCAGAAGGCCAAACCAAACCUAAGACCAGCAAAGGAACCAGACAAGAGGACACAUCUUCUAAAGGCCUUGGCAGUACAAGUGCCAAAGGGAAGAAGGGCAAGGCAGCUGCAGUUGGGAAGAGACGGAGAGAGCCCUCCUCUAGUGGGGAAGAAGAGCGCAAGGCAGGAGGACAAGAGGAGGAAACCCAGAGACGUCGGUAUGGCCGAGAGCGGCAGGUGGCCUCCAGGGUGUCUUAUAAAGAAGAGAGCGCAAGUGACAAGGGCAGCAGUGGCUCUGACUUCGAGCUUUCCAGUGGGGAAGCACAUCAUUCAUCUGAUGAGGAUUCUGAGCCUGUCCUUCCCCGGCAGAGGAGAGCCCCAGGCCCCCAGAGGACAAAGGCAGGGUCCAGGACUGACUCCAGGACCCAAAGUGGAAGAUCCUCUAAGCAUCCCGGUUUUCCAGCAGCAUCCACAAGCUCUUCAAGCAGUAAGAGUAAGCAAGGCAAGAAAAUCUCCAGUGAUGGUGAGGGGGCAGAAAGAAGGAAAGCAGCUGGUGUAGACCAGUGGCUAGAGGUGUUCUGUGAGCAGGAGGAAAAGUGGGUGUGUGUGGACUGUGUGCAUGGUGUGGUGGGCCAGGCUCUGGCCUGUUACAAGUAUGCUACCAAGCCCAUGACCUACGUGGUGGGCAUCGACGGUGAUGGCUCGGUCCGGGAUGUCACCCAGAGGUACGACCCAGCCUGGAUGACUGCGACCCGCAAGUGCCGGGUUGAUGCCAAGUGGUGGGCUGAGACCUUGAGACCAUACCAGAGCCUGUUGGUGGAGAGGGAGAAGAAGGAAGAUUCAGAGUUCCAGGCAAAACACCUGGGCCAACCUUUGCCUACGGUCAUUGGCACAUAUAAGAACCACCCUCUGUAUGCCCUGAAGAGGCAUCUCCUGAAAUACGAGGCCAUCUACCCUGAAACAGCUGCCAUCCUUGGGUACUGUCGUGGAGAAGCUGUCUACUCCAGGGAUUGCGUGCACACCUUGCAUUCCCGGGAUACCUGGCUGAAACAAGCCCGCGUGGUGAGGCUGGGAGAAGUGCCCUACAAGAUGGUGAAGGGCUAUUCCAACCGGGCCCGGAAAGCCCGCCUCGCCGAGCCCCAGCUGCAGGACCAAAAUGACCUGGGCCUGUUUGGCAAGUGGCAGACGGAGGAGUACCAGCCACCCGUGGCUGUGGACGGCAAGGUCCCCCGGAAUGAAUUUGGGAAUGUGUACCUCUUCCUGCCCAGCAUGAUGCCUGUCGGCUGUGUCCAACUGAACCUGCCCAACCUGCACCGCGUGGCCCGCAAGCUGGACAUUGACUGUGUGCAGGCCAUCACUGGCUUCGACUUCCAUAAAGGCUACUCCCAUCCCAUAACUGAUGGGUACAUUGUCUGCGAGGAAUACAAAGACGUGCUCCUGGCCGCCUGGGAAAAUGAGCAGGCACUCAUUGAAAAGAGGGAGAAGGAGAAAAGAGAGAAGCGGGCCCUAGGGAACUGGAAGCUGCUGGCCAGGGGACUGCUCAUCAGGGAGAGGCUGAAGCUUCGUUACGGGGACGAGAGUGGUACAAGAGCUCCCCAAGCACAUGCAGGUGGUGGACUCUCUUCUGAUGAAGAGGAGGGGACUAGCUCUCAAGCAGAAGCAUCCAGGAUCCUGGCAGCCUCCUGGCCCCAAAACCGAGAGGCUGAAGAAGAGCAGAAGCCAAAGUGCUCUAAGAAGACCAGAAGGGAAAAGAAGGCAGCGGCCUCCCACCUGUUCCCAUUUGAGAAGCUGUGAUGGGGGUGGCUACCCGUCAAACCCUUGCCACGCAGGCCCAGGUGGUGGCAGCGGCAUCUCCUCUAAGAAAGCACAGAAGCAGCAUGCGCUGCCCAUGAGGGCUCGGGGACAGAGGGGUGACGCUGAGGUGGUGCCAUGGGUCUGGUCUGGCUCAGGCCUUGUCAUAUGUACCAGAGUAGGGCUUUCAGAGCUGUCUCAUGCCCCAUUGGUUUGAGCUACGGAACCCUUCGCAGGAGACUCCCCUGCAGCCUACGUAGCACUCAGCCCCUCUUGGGAAACCUGAGUUAGUUCUCUUACAGAAACCACUGGGUGAUUUAGAAACUGCAGGUGAAUUCUUCAUCUGUCAGACUCUCGUGCUUUUGCCUCUUGCAGACUUGGGACCCUUUUCCCAUGGCCCAUUCAUUUUGUCCUCAGCCGGGUUUACUAAUACUGCCUCAGGCUGCCUCCUUGUGGUGUAGGAGAGCGGGCAAGUGCUAAGUAUGGACACCUUCCAUUACGAUGUUGGGGUCUACUUUUCAGGGUAACAGUUCAGGGUGGCAGAAGAUGGAACAAAGAACUAAAAUCAGGAAAGAAAAGGAGAAACACUGAGAGUUAAAGAACUGUUGGUCAAAGUGGAUCAGUGUUAAACUAGAUUUUAUUCAUUGCUGGAUAAGUUUAUAAACGCUCUAUGCAUUGCCGAUAUUCAGGAGAAAUAACUUUUGUAACAUUUUGAGAAAAAAUAAAACCUUUAUCUAAAAAGACA